CUACGCAACCAACAUGGCGACCCGCGAAAGUUUGAAGAAAUUGUCGAAGUCCUCAAUACAGAAAUUAUGUGAAGAGGUUGGAAUAGAUUCAAAGGGGAAAAGAAAAGAACACUUGAUUGGGCAAGUAAUCACAAGCUCUGUACCGACUGACAUCAUUACUCCUGUGAUUCGCCAAGAAACUGAUGUGAUUGCUUUAUUUCCGUCAGUCAGUCUUUUAGAGGGGACAGAAAACCUACCACCUUUCAAUCGGGUUAGGUAUUCAGUAGUUUCGGUUUCUGAAUUGCCAUGUCCUUCCUUCCUUGCAAUUUACAACUUUAUGGUUGAAAGGUCUAGGAAGUCUGUACAUGACAAUGUCGAAGCCGGUGAUGAGGGAGUGUCUGUGAAGAAUUUUAAGGGGAUGGAUAGGGCUGUUCGUCACUUUGAUGCUGGCGACAUACAGGACAUGCAAAUAUCACGGAUUGGAGAUAAAGUAGUUUAUGUCAUGGCUUCGUGUUUAGCCUCCAUGAAAAAGGACAAAUAUACUGUAUAUUUGUGUGUGACAACCAAUGAAAGAUGUUCUGUACAGUAUGCUUAUUGUCAGUGUCCCAUUGGGUCUAGGAAGUCUGUACAUGACAAUGUCGAAGCCGGUGAUGAGGGAGUGUCUGUGAAGAAUUUUAAGGGGAUGGAUAGGGCUGUUCGUCACUUUGAUGCUGGCGACAUACAGGACAUGCAAAUAUCACGGAUUGACAUCGGGCCAAUGUCGGGAAAACAUCGGACCAACAUACACAUGCUGUCUAGAUACUGGGUAGAACAUGGUUUUCAUGUUGGAAAGACGUCGGAUAGACAUCGGGCCGAUAUACUUGCCGAUAGUGGACCGACAUCAAACUUGUUGCAAAUGGAAGCUGGUCAGAUGUCGGCCCGUACUUAG